AGCGGAAGAAAAACAAACUCAUCCCCGAACCGAAGUCCUCGUUGGUUUAAGAGACGAAAAACCUCGAAAACGCCCCCUGAACUUCAGGCACGACAUUUGCAACGUGUUUAUGGCGUUAAUCUAACGUACUUAUAUUUGCACGCUUUUUAAGAAGUAACCAUGGAAGCUAAGCUAAAGAAAGAGUUGGGGACUAACAUGCUGAAAUCGACUGGCCACUCAGGAGGUGGAUGUAUCAGCGAGGGCCAGAGUUAUGAUACUGACUUUGGGAGAGUGUUUGUGAAGAUAAAUCACAAGAGCGAGGCCAAAUUAAUGUUUGAUGGGGAGAUGGCCAGUUUGGAAGCCAUUGUAAAGACGCAAACUGUAAAAGUCCCCAAGCCCAUCAAAGUGAUUGAACUGGACAGAGGAGGAUGCGCAUUUGUGAUGGAACAUCUAGACAUGAAAGGUCUUAGCAAGUACUCAAAGCAGCUAGGAGAGCAGCUGGCAGAUAUGCAUCUUCACAACAAGAGACAGUUGGAAAAAUUAGAUAAGGAGCAGCAAACUGUGGGAAAAGGAGCUGGGCAGUCAGAGGUCACUGUUGUGGAAAAAUUUGGCUUCGAUGGAGUUACAUGCUGUGGAUAUAUACCUCAGGUAAAUGAGUGGCAGGAUGACUGGGUGACAUUUUACUCCCAGCAGAGGCUGCAGCACCAUAUUAACUUGGUGGAACAAUCGUACGGAGACAGAGAGGCCAGGGAACUAUGGGCCAAGCUACAGCUGAAGAUCCCUCAGUUUUUCUCAGAUGUGGAGAUUGUCCCUGCUCUCCUCCAUGGAGACCUAUGGACAGGAAAUGUUGCAGAGUCUGCAGAUGGUCCAGUCAUCUUUGACCCUGCAUCCUUCUACGGUCAUUCAGAGUUUGAGCUGGGUAUAGCUGGUAUGUUUGGCAGCUUCAGCAGGUCAUUUUAUUCUGCUUACCAUGAAAAGAUUCCUCAGGCACCAGGAUUUGCAAAGAGGAACCAGCUUUACCAAAUCUUCCACUAUCUGAAUCACUGGAACCACUUUGGUGGUGGCUACAGAGGCUCUUCAAUCAGGGUUAUGAAGGACCUACUGAAAUAACUGCACUUAACACCAGCUUAGUAUUAUGUAUAUAUUGCUAAUUUGACCAAAUAGUGUUGCUAAAUGUUGAAAAGACUAAACAUUCUAGCCUGCAGUGUUGCAUUGUAAAAACAGAAUCAACAUAGCAAAUACAGAUACACAGUUUUUAUUUUUAUUGAAGAUUGUGAAUGCCUCAUGAGACAAGAGCAAAUAUGCCGAAGUUGGUCUUACAAUGAGUAUUUUGGUAUGCUGCAAUUCCUUUCUUAACAUAUUAAUAUUUCUAACUGUCUGAAUUUGGCCAGACAAAACUAUAUCACUGUGCAAAGGAUGUCUGAUUUUUGCAGUGAAUGCAAUGCCAUUAAUUAUACAUUAUAAUAGCCUGACUAGUAAUAUCCUCCAGGCAAAAUGUCCCUGUAUAGCAAUAAAUCCUUGCAAAUCCUUGUCAUCCACUGCUUAACAGACAUUAAAUCCUGAGAUGAUCCAAAGCGUUUGUCCAACGGCAUUUGUUAUUUAUCCCACAUUGAAACAGUAGUGAACUAUUCUUCACUGAUCAAUCACUAAUAUACAUCUGGCAAACAAACACACACAGUCCACAUAUUUGUUGCUUUUCUUCUUUUUUUUCCUCCAUCUUCUUAUUCUCUGUUUCAUCUUAUUUUUUUGAUUUAAUAUUUAUUUUUCUUUUAAUAAACUUGAUUAUUAUUAUUUUUAAUUAAGCUAGCCUUGAUGCUUUGGCCAUUUUGUUUACCUGAUAUUCGUACGAGUAAAGCAUACUACAUUAAACUGAACUGGGUCAAACUGUAUCAUAUCAACAUAUCAGCCACUUCAAAGUGUAUAAUUAAGUAGAUGUAUAUUUUUACUCUGUUGCUAUAUUAGAACAUAUUCACUGAUUUCAUGCUGUGAUGUAUCCAUAGAUUUGAGAUGUUUUAAGAUUUAUCCUUUGUGUUUGUUUUUUUUUUUAACAUCCAGUCAGUUUAAUUCUCGGGUCUUGAAACAGAUCGUAUUUCCUUUUAAUUUUACAGGUCUACGAUCACAAUACUGUAUGAACUUUAUUUGAGCUUAUGCAAUGGUAACGGCAGUGCUAAUAAAGAUUAGAUUAGAUUCAA